UAUCAGCCUGCAUGCUUUACACGGACCUUCCAUGCGAUUGUGAUUGUGUCUCAUAGCAAAGGUGGCAGCGCAUUGUUAUUAGCCGAAAAUUGCUAUAAAAAAAAAUGUUGCUGCUCGAGCUAAAUAUUCUAACGCUGAACGUAUGGGGCAUUCCAUAUGUGUCCAGUGACCGUGCGCUGCGCAUUGAGGCGAUAUGCAAGGAGCUGAGCAGUGGGAAGUACGACAUCGUCUCGCUCCAGGAGGUUUGGUCGCAAAAGGACAGCGAGGCACUGCAGGAGAAGACAGCCAGUGCUCUACCCUAUUCACAUUACUUCCACAGUGGGGUGAUGGGGGCCGGUCUACUAGUGCUGUCUAAAUAUCCAAUUCUGGGCACUUUAUUUCAUGCCUGGUCCGUGAAUGGUUAUUUUCAUCGCGUACAGCACGCUGACUGGUUUGGCGGUAAGGGUGUUGGCCUUUGUCGGAUUCUCGUUGGUGACCAGAUCGUACAUUUGUAUAAUGCACACCUUCACGCCGAGUAUGACAACGACAAUGAUGAGUACAAGACGCAUCGCGUGAUUCAGGCCUUCGACACUGCUCAGUUCAUUGAGGCGACGCGUGGCAAUGCGGUGCUUCAGAUACUGGCAGGAGAUUUGAAUACGCAGCCGCAGGAUAUCUCUUAUAAGGUUCUGUUGUACACAUCCAAGAUGCAGGACAGCUGUGCCUCCGACGCUUUUCGGACCAAUGAGUGUGGUCGUAAUUCGUAUACGUCGAAACGUUCGCUGGCUAAGAAUCCGCUUGGCAUACGGAUCGAUCACAUAUUUGUCCGUGGCGCAGAUCACAUAAAAGCUCACAUAGUCGACUAUACGUUGCCGUUCCCGGAACGUGUUCCCGGCGAAAAAUUUAGUUACUCUGAUCACGAGGCUGUCUUGGCAAAAUUACGAUUAACGCACAUAACAGCCGAUAGUGUAGCAGGCAAGCAUAUAGCACCGACGCAAUGCGUGUCGCAUGCCAAUGGACAUAUCGAUGGUGAGGAAACCUGUGCUACUAAGGAGGAGGGUGGCGGCGAUCCGGGUGCCAACAUAUCUGCCACUAAUUGCGGCGAACCGUCACAUAAGACGACCUGCCAGCCGCCAUCAUUAUGCCUACCCGCUCAACGCACUGCAGCACUCCAUGAGGCGUUGACUCUGUGCGAUGCCUCGCUUCUACAACUGAACACCGAUCGCAUCCUGUAUUAUAGCGCUGCAACAUUUUUAUUCGUGUUGCUCGUCCUUCUUAUCGAGUUCAGCGCCCCGGUGGGAUUCCGCACCAUUUAUCUUCUGCUCAAAUUUAUCGUCUUCGGUGUUAUUUUAUUCUGCAUAUUCAUGGCUUCCAUUUGGAACUAUAUGGAGCGUAAUGGUGUCUUGCAAGGCAAAAAGUCCAUGGAGGUUAUGCUGCACCAUGCACAGAAAUAUGAAUAUUUCUACUGAUGCCUCCUGGGUUGAGGCACUUGUGGCGGUUGUGUCGUAUUUAAACAUUUAGAAGCUCAAAAUGCAUUUAAAAUGUAGCCAGAGAGCUGCGUCCCCUCCCCCAAACAAACAAUAUUAAGAUAAGUUUAAAGCUACUCUGUCUCAUGUAAGUGCAAUAACGUUCAAUGCAAAAUAAAGCUGUCUAUGUAUUUUGGACAACAAGUAUUUCAUUCCAGUACAUAUGUAAUAGUUGAAAAUAUUACUUAAAUAAAAUUGAUGUAUUUUUAAACAACAA